GCGGUGUUCCCCGCUCUCACCCUCCCCGAGCCGGGUGCUGGGCGGUCAUUGCUUUGCAUCUCCCUUGCCCACCCCCCACCAUGGCCUUUAGCGUCUCCCCCCUCCUGCUCCCACCCCGGGCUCUGAAGUCAGGAAACCCAAGAGGAAAUGACUGAGCCCGUCUGGGUUCCCGCCCGCCAGCGCUCUCCUGGCCACACCCUCUGCCUGGACGCAACUGCCGCCUCUACCCUCUCUCCAAAAAGCUGCGGGCUCUGGACCCCCAGCUCGGAGGCCGACUCCUCCGCUGGGCCGGGUGACAGCCCCAGAGGAGAGGAAGAGGCCCAGGAUCUACUCCUGUACCCCAGCCCCUACUGGGUGCCCAGCAGGGUCCGUCCAAGAGGGAUGUCACUCUCUGGUCACCUGUGUUUCCUCACCAUCGUCGGCCUGAUUCUUCCCACUAGAGGACAGACAUUGGUGACUACACCCGUUCCUGGAGCAGACUCAACCCCUGUGAACUUUCCUGCCCUGACUCCCCCAGUCCACCCAGAAUUCCAGCCCACCCCACAGACUCCAAGCCUGCCGGCUGAUGUAGAAACAUCACCAGCCCAGACAGAGAACCAGACGCAGCAGCAACCAACGAGAAUGGAUGUGCCUCUAACCACAGAUCCAGGGGCAGACAAGAGCAGCACAGAAGCUCCUCCCACCAAAGGCACCACGCCCUCCAAGCAGUCUCCAGGCAACGACUUCACUGCGGAUCCUGCUCUCAGGCCCACUGGUUCAAGUGAAGACAACCCCUUUUUCUAUGAUGUGGCUACUCUCCGGAAACGGGGGCUGUUGGUGGCAGCCGUGCUGUUCAUCACAGGCAUUGUCAUCCUCACCAGUGGCAAGUGUAGGCAGUGGUCCAAGUUGUGCCGGAAUCAUAAUAGAACCUACAGAGUAGUGACUAAAGCCUAGCCUGAGCGGGAAGACACAGAUGGAGCCAGAGCCAGGAGUGACAGCCUGAGCCCCCUACCCUCCCAGUCCUGCCCAACUCCUCCAGCACUGCCCCCAACAUUGACGAUUCUGUUCAGACAAAAAGUAAAGCAUUGUGGUCCUUG